ACCGGGGAGAGCUGUCCGUGCCGCGCUGGUUCUGAACGCCAACAAGAUGGCUGAACGCUGGGGAGUGGAGAGCUGUGAGAGGAAGAACUGAUUUUCAAAACGGACGCCCCCCUUUUUAUAUUUAAGAGAGGACCUCGACACCGGAGCUCACAGUCAAAAGUGUGAAGAAAUCCCACUCAUGUGUUGCGUCACGACGCCUGUGAGGCCGCGGAGCUGUUAGCGGAGUGGUCCAUCUCGCAGCUUCCUUCCAUCGCCAGGCAAGGCUGUGGUUGUCCACCCAAAGGAAAGUAGUGAAGAGACCGGAGAUUGAACUAAAGGAGCCACCGAGAGAUGUCAUUGCUGUGUGUUGGAGUGAAAAAAGCUAAGCUUGAUGGACCCCAAGAAAAAUUCAACACUUACGUGACGCUGAAGGUGCAGAAUGUUAAGAGCACGACCAUCGCCGUGCGCGGCAGUCAGCCGUGCUGGGAGCAGGACUUUAUGUUUGAGAUAAACCGGCUGGACCUGGGCCUGACAGUGGAGGUGUGGAACAAAGGGCUGAUUUGGGACACCAUGGUGGGCACUUUGUGGAUUCCCCUGAGUAGCAUACGGCAGUCCAAUGAGGAGGGUCCAGGUCAGUGGUUGACCCUGGACUCCAACGUGAUCAUGGCUGAGAAUGAGAUCUGUGGCACAAAAGACCCGACCUUUCACAGACUACUGCUGGACACCCGCUUCGAACUGCCAUUAGACAUUCCAGAAGACGAGGCCAGAUACUGGGCCAAGAAGCUUGAGCAACUCAAUGCUAUGAGAGACCAAGAUUAUGCCUACCAAGAGGAGCAAGAGAGACCGCUCCAUGCGCCGUCCACACAAUGCUGUAAUUGGAGUCUGUGGGGAGAUCAGCAGAAUGAUGACCCGGACAGCGCCGUGGAUGACAGGGACAGCGACUACCGCAGCGAGACCAGUAACAGCAUGCCGCCCCCUUUUUACACCACCUCUCAGCCCAACGCAUCCAUGCAUCAGUACCCCAUCAGGCAGCACCACUACAGACACUCGUACAAUGACGACAUCCACGAUAUGGACUAUGAGCACAGAGACAUGAGACGCUAUGAUAGUUUAGACUCGGCCACCAACGGGCGCAGCGAUAUCGACUCAGGCUCAGGGUCAAGCCGGCGCACCAGUCGUCAGUAUUCUCUAGACAGUAGGCAUUCACUGUCCGAUAGUCCCACAGACAGUCGCUACGCCUCGUCGGGCGAGCUGAGCCUAGGCAGCUCCCAGCUCAGUGAAGAGUUCAUCCCAGAGGACGGCGAGAGCUUGCGAGGCUCUGAGUUCUAUGAUGAAAAUGACUCUUACCACUCUUGCCACUCCUCAAUUAGUUACGGCAAGGAGGACUUCCCAGGCUGGGAUGGGGAGGACCAGCAGGGUGUGUACAGCGAUGAGGGAAGCUACGUGAAAGACGGCGGCGAGGACAGGGCGCUUUAUGAUGACGAGGAAGGUGAGAUGUAUGAGGAGGAAGGGGAGUACAACUACGAAGAUGAGGAGGAGAUGCCGUAUGAGGUAGAUGAGGAAACGUACCCAGUGGAUGGUGCUCUCACUGAGGGGCAGGAGACACCUUAUACCGCAGUGAGCACCGCUACCACCCUCCUACCACCGUCUGAUAGCGUGUCCUCCAGCAGGCCUCCGUUGGAAAAGCAGACAUCUUUGCAUCAGCAGCAGCAGCUGCCUUUCGAUCAGCUCCAACCCUCAAGCACCGCUCCUCCUAUACACCCUCCCCUCAAGCAAGAUGAUAGCUUUUCCCCUCUCACCUCAGAAUCAGCUCCUUUUGCACCCGCACCGCAAGACUUCCUCACCACCACCACCACCACCACCACCACCAUCAACAGCACGUCCACCAUGACAACAAUAUCACAAAUUGCAGGAGCUGAUGUCACUUCCCAAGAGUCUGAGCCAAAGUCUGAGCUGCCCCUGGUGGAACCCCCACCGGUGGAGCAAGAAAUGGCUGAGGAGAGCGCCCCACCGGCUGCUGAGGAAAAGUCAGAGGAGCCUCCUGUCCCCAGUUUCCCAAAGCGGGAAAUCAUGGAACCCGGUCCUGCAAGAGCCAAAGCCAACUGGCUUCGAUUGUUCAGCAGAGUACGGCUACAGUUGCAAGAGGCCCGAGGAGAGAGUGUCGGCAUUGCUUCUCUGCUUUUAUCAGCGGGGAUGGGCGGCGCUCUUUAUAGCAUUGACAGUAUGCCAGACCUCAGGAAGAGGAAAGCGAUGCCUCUGGUCAGAGAUCUGUCAUUAGUCCAGAACUCCAGGAAGGCUGGCAUCACCUCAGCCCUAACAUCCAGCACACUGCAUAAUGAAGAACUGAAGAGUCACGUCUAUAAGAAGACCCUCCAGGCUCUCAUAUAUCCGAUCUCCUGCACGACUCCGCACAAUUUUGAGGUGUGGACAGCCACCACCCCCACGUACUGCUAUGAGUGCGAGGGUCUGCUGUGGGGCAUCGCUCGCCAGGGCAUGCGCUGCACAGAGUGCGGGGUCAAAUGUCACGAGAAGUGCCAAGAUCUGCUUAAUGCCGACUGUCUGCAAAGAGCCGCAGAGAAGAGCUCCAAACACGGCGCUGAGGACCGAACUCAGAACAUAAUCAUGGUCCUCAAAGACCGCAUGAAGAUCCGCGAGAGGAACAAACCUGAGAUCUUUGAGCUCAUUCAGGAGGUUUUCUCUGUCCCCAAGGCCACCCACGGCACACAGAUGAAGCAGAUCAAACAGAGCGUGCUCGACGGCACCUCCAAAUGGUCGGCUAAGAUCAGCAUCACAGUGUUAUGUGCACAAGGUUUACAAGCCAAGGAUAAAACUGGAUCCAGUGAUCCUUAUGUCACCGUUCAGGUUGGAAAGACCAAAAAGAGGACCAAAACCAUCUAUGGCAACCUCAAUCCCGUUUGGGAGGAGACAUUCAAUUUCGAAUGCCACAACUCCUCUGACCGGAUCAAGGUGCGAGUUUGGGAUGAGGACGACGACAUCAAGUCCCGCGUGAAGCAGAAAUUCAAGCGGGAGUCUGAUGACUUCUUGGGCCAAACCAUCAUUGAGGUCCGCACUCUGAGUGGAGAGAUGGACGUGUGGUACAACCUGGACAAGCGCACGGACAAAUCAGCCGUGUCAGGGGCCAUCAGGAUGCACAUCAAUGUAGAGAUUAAGGGCGAAGAGACGGUUGCGCCAUACCACGUUCAAUAUACCUGUUUGCAUGAAAACCUCUUCCACUUUGUGACAGACAUCCAGAACAACGGUGUGGUGAAGAUCCCCGAUGCUAAAGGGGAUGAUGCGUGGAAAGUAUACUAUGAAGAGACACCUCAGGAGAUCGUUGAUGAGUUUGCAAUGCGUUAUGGAGUGGAGUCUAUCUACCAGGCCAUGACUCACUUUGCCUGCUUGUCAUCUAAGUACAUGUGCCCGGGCGUGCCUGCUGUCAUGAGCACCCUGCUGGCUAACAUCAACGCCUACUACGCUCACACCACCCAGGCUACUAACAACGUCUCUGCCUCAGACCGCUUUGCUGCAUCCAACUUUGGGAAAGAACGAUUUGUCAAGCUGCUUGAUCAGCUCCACAACUCCCUGAGGAUCGACCUCUCCAUGUACCGAAACAACUUCCCAGCCAGCAGCCCUGAACGACUGCAGGACCUAAAGUCCACGGUGGACCUACUUACCAGUAUUACCUUCUUUAGGAUGAAGGUCCAAGAGCUCCAGUCUCCUCCCAGAGCGAGCCAGGUGGUGAAGGAUUGCGUGAAAGCCUGUCUCAACUCCACUUAUGAGUACAUCUUUAACAACUGCCAUGAGCUCUACAGCCGCGAGUAUCAGACAGACCCAGCUAAGCAGGGUACAGUCCCUCCAGAAGAGCAGGGACCCAGCAUCAAGAACCUGGACUUCUGGUCCAAACUCAUCACCCUUAUUGUCUCCAUUAUUGAGGAAGACAAGAACUCCUACACUCCCUGUCUGAACCAGUUCCCCCAGGAACUCAAUGUGGGUAAAAUCAGUGCUGAAGUGAUGUGGAAUCUGUUUGCCCAGGAUAUGAAAUAUGCUAUGGAAGAGCAUGAGAAAAAUCGCUUGUGCAAGAGUGCCGAUUACAUGAACCUGCACUUCAAGGUCAAGUGGCUUUACAACGAGUACUGCAAAGACCUGCCUUUCUUCAAGAGCAGAGUGCCUGAAUAUCCUGCGUGGUUUGAGCCUUUUGUGAUCCAGUGGCUGGAUGAAAACGAGGAAGUAUCUCGGGACUUUCUGCACGGUGCUUUGGAGAGAGACAAGAAAGAUGGGUUCCAGGUCACAUCAGAGCAUGCCCUCUUCUCAUGUUCCGUGGUGGACGUGUUUUCCCAGCUCAAUCAGAGCUUUGAAAUCAUCAGGAAACUAGAGUGUCCGGAUCCACAGAUUGUUGGACACUAUAUGAAACGAUUUGCAAAGACCAUCAGCAACGUGCUCCUGUCGUAUGCUGACAUCAUCUCCAAGUUGUUUGCCAACUAUGUCACGAUGGAGAAAGUGCCCUGCAUCCUUAUCAACAACAUCCAACAGUUGAGGGUUCAGCUAGAGAAGAUGUUUGAGGCCAUGGGGGGAAAGGAUCUGUGCGUGGAGGCCAGCGAUAUCCUGAAGGACUUGCAGGUUAAACUUAACAACGUUAUGGAUGACCUUAGUAGGGUCUUCUCAGUCAGUUUCCAGCCUCAUAUUGAGGAGAAUGUGAAGCAGAUGGGCGAUAUCUUAGCUCAGGUGAAAGGAACGUCAAAUGUAGGAAAUGCCAGCAGUGUUGCCCAGGAUGCUGACAACGUCCUGCAGCCCAUCAUGGAAUUCCUGGACAGCAACCUGACUCUGUUUGCAAAGAUCUGUGAGAAGACGGUGCUGAAGCGUGUACUGAAGGAGUUGUGGAAGCUGGUCAUGAAUACCAUGGAGAAGACGAUCGUUCUUCCGCCACUUACAGAUCAAACGGGCACUCAGCUCAUCUUUAACGCUGCCAAAGAGCUGGGUCAGCUAUCCAAACUGAAGGAGCACAUGGUUCGUGAGGAGGCCAAAGCACUCACACCCAAGCAGUGUGCCGUCAUUGAACUGGCACUGGACACCAUCAAGCAAUAUUUCCAUGCCGGUGGUGUCGGUCUAAAGAAGACUUUCCUGGAGAAAAGUCCUGAUCUGCAGUCCCUCCAUUAUGCCCUGUCCCUCUACACACAGGCCACAGAUAAACUUAUUAAGACCUUUGUCCAGUCACAGAAUGCACAAGUGUUUGGCGGCAAGGGGGUGAGGUUCACCACUAGUGAGGAUGUUUACCCAGACAAGGGCUCUGGGGUGGACGAUGCUGUGGGUGAAGUGUCAAUCCAUGUGGAGAUCUUCACUCACCCCAACACUGGGGAGCACAAGGUCACCGUGAAAGUGGUCGCUGCCAACGACCUGAGGUGGCAGACGCAGGGAAUAUUCCGGCCGUUUGUGGAAGUUUUCAUCAUCGGCCCUCAUCUCAGCGACAAGAAGAGGAAGUAUGCCACCAAGUCGAAGAACAACAGCUGGGCGCCGAAAUACAACGAAACCUUCACUUUCACUCUGAGCAGCGAGGUGGGCCCCGAGUGCUAUGAGCUUCAGGUGUGCGUCAAGGACUACUGCUUCGCCCGCGAGGACCGCACGGUGGGCAUGGCUGUGCUCCAGCUGAAGGAGGUGGCCUCCAAAGGCAGCGUGGCCUGCUGGCUGCCACUGGGCAAGCGUAUCCACAUGGACGAGACGGGUCUGACCGUGCUGCGCAUCCUGUCGCAGCGCAACAACGACGACGUGGCCAAGGAGUUUGUCAAGCUCAAGUCAGACCAGCGCUCCGCCGAGGAGGGCCGCAGCUAAGUGGAUUUCUGACAGAUGGGACCACAGCCACCUGGCAUUCCGGUGCUGUAAAUACAUUCAUUCCAAUGGGAGCCACGUGCGUUCAUCAUUAUGGAAUAAUAACAUUGGGUCUAUAUCACUCGUGCCGUUACACGUGUCUCAUUCGGCUGCACAGGGUGUCGCAUACAGUAUCUUGUAGCCAUGUUUGUCCCCACUUCCCCCUUCUUUCUGAGGAAGCGCCUUCAGAGAGUCGGAACAGAGGACACUGCCUGACACCCUCAAUGCCUUCUGUCUCCUUCACCCUCGUCUAUGUGAUGGCAAACACAGUGUGUAUGAGUGUGUGUGUUCUGCUCUGCUUUAUGGAGGAGCAUUACAGCCAUGCUGACAAGAACAAAUAAUAUCAUUAUGUUAUGUUAUAUUACGUCACAACAAAGAAGUAUAUUUUUCAGAAUGAAAUUGCAACAUUAUAAGAACAAAAUGUAAUUAUUGAGGAAAAAAAGUAGUUCAUUGAUCAAAAAAGUGUUACAAGAUGUUUGGAAUGUUACCGUUGCUUGAAAGAAAUGAUGGAAAUGAUAAGUUUUUUGAGAAGUAUCAAAGUAUCAAACUAAUAAUAUAUUAAUAUAAGAAAUAUAUUAUGAGAGAAAGUUCUAAUGAUAUGAGAGGAAGAAAGAAGAAGUCAGAAAUAGUCUAAGAAUAAGACGACAUUUAUAUUGCAAGAAAAAAGUAAUGACAUAAAAAAGUUACGAGAAAUUAUACAUCAUUUUUCCACAAAGUCUAAUUCUUGUAAGAAAGAAAAUCUCAAUUAUUAAUCAAAUGUUUAGACAAUAACAAUCCUAACAUAACAAGAAAAAUCAGUACAUAUGUUACGAGAAAAUAACCCUAAAAGUUGUAGUGUUACACACAACUUUUUGGAAAAAAAAGAGCGAAAAAAAAUCCCAAAUUCUUGAGAACAAAGUCACAGUCACAGGAAAAUAUAUUAAAAUUUUGAGAAAAAGUUAUCACUUUAUAUAUAUCGUGCAAAAUAGGCCUAAUGUUUGGCAAAAAAAACUUGAACUGAAAUGAAUUGAAGUAAUAUUAUCGUUAAACAAAAACAUACGAUUGUACAGUAGUAGUAUCACGUGGAACAAGUUGUAACUUUUCGAGAAAGAAGUUUUCAGUUGAAUAUUUCAAUAUAACAUGGUAACAAUAUAAAAUAAUUAUAAAAUUUCAUUUUUAAAAAAUGUUCUGAAACUGCAAGUUUUUUUCCCUUGUCCUAAGAUUAUUUUACUCCUUAAUAUCUUAAAGCCAUUUUCCUUCCUGUUUUGUCCCUUUCUUUCUGAGGAAGCACUUUUGGAUAGUUGCUAGUAUAUACCCAAGCACAAUGGCGAGGUUAAAGGACACAGACAUUCCAAGCAAAUGAAAGCACCGUUUAAUUCCGGUGGAAGCUUUCAUGAUAUUUCUAGUGAAAUGUAGUCAUUAGUCAUACUGUACGUGACCUUAUAUAGCGUAUCAUUCAGGAGUGUUACUUGAUUCUGGAACAGAGCACACUGCCUGACACCGUCAAUGCCUUCUGUCUCCUCACCAUUGUCCUCAUGAUGACAAACUGUGUAUAUGUGUGUGUGCGUGUUUGUGUGAGAGAGAUCAUUUAUUUUUGUGUCAUACUUUGGCUAAUCUGACUUUGUUACUGUAAACAUUCCAGAUUGAGAAAUUCCCUGACGCACUAACACGUCUAUGUGGGUAAUGCCAUCAAAGCACAAUUAGCAGUAAACCAGAAGGGAAAGUGCGACCUCUGCUAAAAGGGCUGGUUAACAAAUGGAGGACUCUGAUUGGUACAAGGAGUGUACAACGUCAUAUCUUCAUGCAUUCUGAUGAUAAUCUGUGAUUAUUUUAAAGGUAUAGUAGACAGUGGAGCCUCCAAAGUCCAAUUCCCCAUAAAAAGACACCGUGAGGGAAAUAAUCAGUUCCAGCAUCAAACUGUCACCUUUAUUAAUUCUACAAGCAAUCUUUAAAGUAACAUAUUAGCACUUAAGAAAACAAUCAUGUAAAAUUCAUCUUUUAUAUUAUUAAAUAUAUAUAUAUUAAUAUAUAAUAAAUAUAUUAUGAAAUAUAUAAUGUAACGGGGGCGGUCGAGUGGUUAGCGCAGAGACCUCACAGCUAGGAGGACCAGGGUUCGAUUCCACCCUCGGCCAUCUCUGUGUGGAGUGCAUGCGUGGGUUUUCUCCGGGUACUCCGGAUUCCUCCCACAUUCCAAAAACAUGCUAGGUUAAUUGGUGACUCCAAAUUGUCCAUAGGUUUGAAUGUGAGUGUGAAUGGUUGUUUGUCUAUAUGUGCCUUGUGAUUGGCUGGCGACCAGUCCAGGGUGUACCCCGCCUCUCGCCCAAAGACAGCUGGGAUAGGCUCCAGCACCCCCCCUCCGACCCUCGGUCGGAAAAAGCGGAAGAAAAUGAAUGAAUGACUAAUGUAACGGUAAACACAACAAAGGAGCUUAGCCAUGUGGCAUUCAGCACCCAGGACAGAGACGCGUCCUGCAGACGCUCACUUUGGGGGUUCCACUGUCCUGGAAUCCAGGAGUGUACAGUACUGACCUGAAUUCCGUGUCAAAUCAACCAUUCUGACCAUAAAGUCAUCACUGGAAGAAAUUAUGUGUAUGAAUAUACUGUAAGGUCACAGGGUGUUUUUUUUUUGUUCUUGUUGUUGUCAUUCUAUUUUUGGCCUUCCUUCUUCAAGUGUUAGAUUGGAACUCUAUGCAUCUAAUCUAUAGAAUCAAAGUAGUCGUCUCAUAAUGUUUACAUUCUUAUAUCAGCACAAGAGUUUGACAUUUUGUCUUUCAUGUCACGAGCCAAACGUUACUACAGAUGAAUGACUGUGUAUUUACUUUGAGGAAUAUCAGUGCUGGUGGGACUUGAACUCUGUUGUUUGUUCAUGAAGGAGUAUUAGGGCCACACUGGACAAAAAAAUGAAAAUUACAGGGGAAAGUCAUGUUAUAAGAAAAAAGUAGGAACAUUUUGUGAGUCAUUGGAAAAUAGAGGGAAAAGGUAGCCAUCAAAGUCAUCAAACUGUAGUGCAACAAGCAAAAAGACUUAAGAGAUAAAGGUGUAAUGUUAGAGUAACACAUUUUUUGAGAAAAUGGUAACAUUACAAGAGUUAAGUCCUAUUACCAGAUAAAAAAAAGUUUACAUUUUCACGAUAGUAUGGCAAAAAAAACAAGAGAAAAAAAUCUUAUGCGAUUAAAGUCAUAAUGUAGUUAGAAUUUCUGAGGGAAAAAAAGUAAUGAGAAUACAACAUGUAGCGUUGCGUCCCAAAAAUGUAUAAGAAAAGUCAUAUUUCCAACAGAAUGAAGUUGGAAUAUUACAGGAAAAAAGUAGUAAUACUACUCAAAACCUGUUUUUGAAGAGUAAUGAUGUCAUAAGACAAAUUGACUCAUAUCAGUUUUAUUUCUUAAAGAUACUUCAUUUUGUGAAGAUUACACAUUUCCUCUUCUAACAUGACAACUUGUAAACUGGUAAAAUGAAUAUUUUUUUCUUGUAAUAUUUCAGGUUAUUUACUAUCAUCAGUGUGGUCCUCGUACUGCUUCUCACUGAUGCAGUGGUAACAUACACAGGUUGUGUGGCUGUGAAGGAAUCAGUCCAAUUCAGUGCCAGUCUGGUGUGGAGGACAUGUGGACGUUGUCACAUAGCUGCUAAUGCCACGAAAUAUCUCUAUUUACUGCUGUUGACGAUGACGCCGCCAUGUUUCAGGGUGGGCACGCAGACGUCUCUGGGACGGAAGCACAAAGAAAAAGCACACAUCCAUACAAGAGGACAGACGUGCAUGUUCUGCACGGUGGCUCACGUGCACUGUCCUGUACUUCCACAAGUGGUGCAUGAUAGGAACGUUGUAAGAAAAAAAAAAAAAAAGAAGCAUCGUGCCAGCACGCGCAUAUAUUUAUUAUUUGAUGUUGUCUCCUUUAUUUUGAGAUUUAUUUUUCAAAUGUUUGUGAAUAUAUAAAUAUGUAUUACUGAUGAUGAUGAUGAUGAUAAUGUCUAGUGGUACAAAGUAGUCGCAUGGGACUUUUUUUAUACAGGAGAUGUUUCUAAUGUUUGUUUUUUUUUAAUAUUAUGGUUUUGGGCGUUGAGGUUUACUGGGACUGCAGUCUCGUGUUUCUGCUUCCAAUAAAAUAUGGGAAAAUUGUGGGGGUUUUCCUUGUUGUACUUUCCACUUCAUUUGCAGGACGGCGUUUAUACUCUGCGUAGGAAGGAGAUCUUGAGGGAAUCCGGGAUGACCAACAUGUCUGCACGUACGACAGGAGGAGUGGCAUCGGGGAACGUGACGGGAAACUCCCACUUUAUAUCCAGGAGAAGCUGCCGGUAUUGCGUGUGUUCACCGCCUUUGAGGAGCCCCUGUUUGGAGGAGGUAUGAGACAUGAGACUUCUACUAUGAGACAUUGGCUAUGAUACAGUACAUGACCAUUCCAACCGUACCUGGACCGUGCGGAUGAAAUUGAGAGAGACUUUUUCAUCGAAGUCACCGUGAGGCGUGUAGUUGCUGAGGAUCCUCACAAUCUAUGGGACACAUGGUAGCACCUACUUAACAUCAUGUCCACCGACACAGAUGGAAACUUGGUCUUAGUACAGGGAGCCACCUGCUGGCUGCUGAGGGCAGUGCAUGUCUGCAGAAGGGCGGCUGC